AUGCUAAUCACCGCGAAAUGUGACAAACUUCUGGAGGCUGAGGUCCUCCAGCGCUCAUCCCAGGUUGUUUCGGUCGUUGGCGAUCGGGCUUACAUUUUUGGAGGAGAGCUGCAUCCUCGCGAGCCAAGAGACAACAACAUAUACGCCGUGGUCUUGAACAAUCAAGUUACAGAUGAGGCUGUCACGCAACCUCAAUCGUCCCUCUCUCCUACUGCGCGUGUCGGCACUGCGUCUGCAACUAUUGGUGAUAAGAUAUACCUCUUCUCCGGCAGAGGAGGCGUCGACAUGGCCCCGAUUGAUGAGCAAGGCUCAGUCUGGGAAUUUGACCCCUCAAGCUCUACCUGGUGUCGGAUCCAGCCCUCGAUCUCCAAUUCUGAUGCUGUCCCUGCGGCGAGGAGCUAUCACUGUAUGACCAGCGACGGCAAAGACACACUCUUUGUCCAUGCAGGGUGUCCCGAGUCUGGGCGGCUAUCAGACCUGUGGUCUUUCAGUGUCUUACGCAGAGAAUGGAAGCAAUGUGCGCCUGCGUUCGACCCUCCUCGCGGCGGAACUUCGAUCACGUUCGUGGGUGGUAAAAUAUACCGCAUGAAUGGAUUUGAUGGUAAGACUGAGCAAGGUGGCAAUCUUGACAUCUACACCCCCGAGACAGAUUCGUGGAAUACCUACAUCUAUCCUGCGGAUGGGAAGAAUGGGCCAUCACCGCGGAGUGUGAGCGCUUUGCUUCCGAUUUCUGUUCUCGGCCGCUCCUACCUGAUUACCAUGUUUGGAGAGCGAGAUCCCAGUUCACUUGGUCACCAGGGUGCUGGGAAAAUGCUCGGUGAUGUGUGGAUUUUUGAUAUCGAAGACAAGAAGUGGGAACAGGUGGAGCUGCGUGGGACUGAGCUUCCGGUCGCCAGGGGCUGGUUUGAUGCCGACGUCAUGUCCACCGAUACUAUCAUCGUUCACGGCGGGCUGGGAGAGUCGAAUGAUCGUCUCGGUGAUUUAUGGAAGCUUUCUUUUGCGUGA